AAUAGGCGGAGAUUCCAAGAGGGACGCGUCGCGUACAGGAGAAGCCGAGAAACAAACUUGAGAGCGAAAUCACGACUUCCAGACGUGGUAGAUUUAUUUUUUUGUUGACAUUUGUAUUCCUUGUUCGCCACAGCCAGAGAACUAUGUGAUUCGAAGACAUGGAGUGACUGAAUGAUUGGGAUCAACGGGAGUCGUCUGUGGACCAGUACUGAGAUGGAACGAUACCGAAGUUUCUAAAGAAAACAUGCAGUGGUCAUUGAUCCUAUAUACGUGAUUGAGUUGCGUGUUUUGCUCAUUGAGCAGUUGCAAUGAUGGAUGAUAAUGUCCAACCACAACAUGAAGCGUAAAGGCGCCCCCAGCUUGACGGAAUGAGCGCGGAAUGGAAUACAAAUCUGGUCAACGUGGACGUUACUUCGGUGUUUUGCAUUGACCGAGUGGACUCCAUCCAUUAAGACGUCCUUCGGACAAUCCACGAGACGGUAUUGGUUAGGCCUACUCAGUUAUUUUGAGGUAUUUUGUUUCCCCAACAAGUGACACAAUGAUGAACCCAGCGACAUUGUUGCGGCGUGCAACUCUGUGCUGCAUGGUUUUCGAGAUACUUUGGCACAGCGGUCAAGGUCUCAACGUGUGUAUGAGUGGCAGUGCGACAUCAUGUGAAGAAUGCAUCUUAAUUCACCCAAGUUGCGCCUGGUGCGCACAAGAGGGCUUCGGAAGAGUGAGAUGUGACCUCACUCAAAGUCUACACAUCCGGGGCUGCAAGGCCCAGUUCAUCGAGUUCCCCAGCAGUCAGACCUCCAUCCUGAAGAGCAACCCACUGAGCACUAAAGGGUCCGCACCCUCCCAGAACGAGGUCACCCAGAUCAUGCCGCAGAAGAUCUCUGUGAGCCUGCGGCCAGGUGACCAGACGUCGUUCAAGGUGCAGGUGAGGCAGGUGGAGGACUACCCGGUGGACCUCUACUACCUGAUGGACCUCUCCCUCUCCAUGAAGGACGACCUGGUGACCAUCCACAACCUGGGCACCAAGCUCACCGAGGAGAUGAGCCGACUCACCAGCAACUUCAGGCUGGGCUUCGGCACCUUCGUGGACAAGAACAUUUCCCCCUUUUCCUACACAGAGCCCAAGUAUCAGAACAACCCCUGCAGCGGAUACAAGCUGUUCCCCAACUGCGUGCCAUCCUUUGGCUUCCGCCACGUCCUGUCGCUCACGGACAAGGUGGACCGCUUCAACCAGGAGGUGCAGAAGCAGAUGGUCUCGCGCAACCGGGACGCUCCGGAGGGCGGCUUCGACGCCAUAGUGCAGGCCGCCGUCUGCAAGGAGGAGAUCGGCUGGAGGAAGGAGGCCUUCCACCUUCUGGUGUUCGCCACGGACGACGUGCCCCACCUGGCCCUGGACGGGAAGCUGGGAGGGCUGGUCAAUCCCAACGACGGAGAGUGUCACCUGGACAAGAACAACGAGAACAGUGCUUCCACCCAGAUGGAUUAUCCCUCUCUCGGUCUGCUUGGAGAAAAACUGGCCGAAAAUAAUAUCUAUCUCAUCUUUGCGGUGACGAGGAGGUAUUACGUCAUUUACAAGAAUUAUACUGCCCUCAUUCCGGGAACGACAGUUGAAAUCCUCGACAUGGACUCAAAGAACAUCAUUCAACUGAUCGUCAAUGCCUACAACAACAUCCGGUCCAAAGUGGAGCUGACCGUGUCGGACCAACCAGAGGACAUCAGUCUGUCCUUCACCGCCACCUGCCAGGACGGACAGCCGCUACCGGGCCUCCGGAAGUGCUCUGACCUGAAGAUAGGGGACACCGUGAGUACCGCCUUCCAGCCCCACAUCAUUUAGGCAUUAUUCAGAAGAGAAUGGUUUCAGUUUUACACAGUUCACGUAUAAUGUAUGUAUUUAAUCCGCUAACAUUACAAUGAAGAUACUUGAUGCAUUAUACCAGAGGUGUUACACAAUGUUAUAAUAUUGAGUCAAAUUGAGGGCGUUCCGCAGUAACUGGCUGUUCUUACCAUACUCUGCCUGGUAAUUACACAGAACUUUGAAGAACAUCUAAAAAAUGCUUCCGUUUGUUAUUGUUAUUUUGAGCAAGCUUUACACAGCUCCAUGUCGCUAAACAGCGAGAGACUUAAGAGAUUAGCUCUUGGCAGAGAUCACAAUGACUCUCUCAGCCUUCCUCUGUUUCCUGUUGAACACGGGAGGGGUGCCCUCCUCUGAACCAGGGUGCCCAGGAGGGCUGUGAGGAAUGUCCACAUGCUGUGAACAGAUUCCCUGCUAGCAUUAGCCCUGUCGAGUC